CCUGGUUAUCAUUAUCCUCGCUCCCAUGCAACAUGAUCGCUUAAACAACCCUUUCUAGAUCUUAUGACGUGGAUCGCAAGGCCUUAGCUGCUCGCAGACGAAUGACGGCACUCAAUGUGGGUCGAAUGGCACGAUAAGACCUGGGGUAUGGGGGAUGUGACUUGAACUCUGGGGAAGUGUGCGCGCUCGAGACGACAGGGCGUUGAACCAUCGGCUAUUCUGUCGGUAGACGAUUGACAUGAUUAUGCAGACCACUCUUCGUGUGCCGUACAAAAGGGACUGAUCUCGUUGUUCGAACGCUGAUUGACCUUUAACGUUCCUUCUGUCGCAACUCUAUAGCCGGCAGCUCGAUACAACAACUACAGAUCCUGGCACGAUACCUGGAACCGGGUCGAAUCCAAAUUGAUUGCUAACCAUGCCUCGCAAGUACCUCGGAGGCUCUGGCGAAAGGCUCACGGUGUGGAUCUCAAUCGCAGCGUCGACCGUCUUGAUCUUUUACGGAUAUGACCAAGGCGUAUUCGGCAACGUGAUCAUAGAUGAGAACUUCCUCCAUACGUUCGGCUAUCCGUCUGCAAACAUGCAGGGCGUAAUGACUUCGAUUUACAACAUUGGUUGCUUCAUCGGAGCAAUGAGCACGAUAUGGACUGGCGAUAUACUCGGUCGUCCGCGCCAGAUCCUACUCGGCUCAACAGUGAUAGGAAUCGGUGCAAUUAUCCAGACCUGCAGCUGGACCGUAGCUAGCAUGAUGGUUGGACGGAUCAUAGCUGGAUUGGGAACUGGAAUGAACACAGCGACAGCUGGCGUUUGGCAAGCAGAAACGAGCAAGAUGAAUAGCAGAGGCAAGCUAGUCAUCAUCCAGAUGGCAAACUGCAUCACGGGCUUCAGCAUCUCCAAUUGGCUCACCCUUGGCUUCUCCUUUGCCCCUCGAGACAUAGCAUGGCGCUUCCCGCUCGCCUUCCAAAUCUUCUUCACUUUCUGCAUCUACGCCAUGUGUCCUUUUCUCCCCGACUCGCCGCGCUUGCUGAUCCGCAAAGGCAAGCACGAAGAAGCGCUCGAGGUGAUCGCGGCCCUGGAGGGCCACGGCGCAACCCCGGAGUCGCCGGCGGUAAUUACCCAGUACAAUAUCAUCAAGGAUAUCCUCGAUCGCGAGCACAUGAACACGUAUACGUGGUGGCAGCUACUCAGCGGGAAAGGUCCGAGUGGAGUGCUGAGACGCAUGUGUCUUGGCGCGUGGAUGCAGGCUAUGAAUCAGAUCUCGGGUAUCAAUGUUACUAGUUACUACAUGAGCUACAUCUUCAUUAAUUCGCUAGGCAUAUCCGAACUUCUGUCCCGAAUCCUAGCCGCCGCCGGAUCACUCGACUAUCUCCUCUUUGCCUGCCUGGCCUACUUCGUCAUCGAACGCUACGGACGGCGCAAAGUCAUGAUGUGUUCUGCAGCAGCUUGCUCAAUCUGCUGGAUCAUGAUCGCCGCAGCACAGGGUCAGACCGAAGCUGGUGGAGACUCGUACAAGCUCGGCAUCGUAGCUGUGUCGUUCUUCUUCGUAUUCUUCGCUAGCUUUGGUAUGGGUGUGCUUGGUGUGCCGUGGUUAUAUCCUACCGAGAUCAACGCGCUUGAAAUGCGGACCAAAGGCGCAUCUCUCGCCAUGUCGACGAACUGGAUCUGCAACUAUGCCGUUGUACAAGCGACACUUCCCGGUAUUGAAAAUCUGGGCUACAAGUUCUGGAUCAUCUGGGCUGUCAUCUGUUUCUCGUUCAUCCCGAUUACAUACUUCCUGUAUCCCGAGACCGCCAAUCGCACUUUGGAGGAUAUCGACCGCUUCUUUGAGACAAAGCCUGGCAUUCUGAUUCAUAGGAAUGAACUGGCAGUACAGCUGCAUCGACCGGUGGAGUUUAUCGAGGCUGAUGCGCGAAUUGCAGCAGAUCAAGUGGGCAAUGUGGACGAGGAGAAGAGGCGCAGUAUUAGUACUGAACGUGUUGAGACGAAGGAAGCCGUGUAAGUGGUGGUAGCUGUGAUAAACUGAGGUCUGAAGCACGUCAUAGGCUGCUGAGAUCCACUUGGGAGAGCUUCAUUCUGAAUGCAAUUGCAGGUAUUUGCAGCGAGACUUUUCUGAGUCUCCUACGAGAAAGUUUUAGAACCUACAAUCUCUCUCUCAUCCCAUCCUGUCAUCCCAUACACAUUCUACAUCUCCCUUCUCAUCGCCGUGCCAAACAUUUCCCGGUACGUUCUUCGCCGCAACAGCAGCCCUGAUCUGCGUCCCCAGCGCCGGUGGUCCAGACCCAACAACCUGCGU